CAGUAUUAAGCAGUUGUGUGCCGUCAUUGGUAGUAUUAAUUAUUGCUAUAAUUGCAACAGAAGUGUUAAAAAAAUCUUAUAUAAAAAUUUGUUUUAAAGUUAGUAGGCGAUAUUAUUGAAAUAAAUUGAGACCGUCUAUAAAAUCACUUAACGCGCAUACAACACAGUUAAUAUCUAAUCGAUUGAAAAAGGAGGAUUUUUGAAAAUUAAACCAAAUAAUUUGCCAGUUCUGAAUUUCUGAAUUUUGAAGCUUUAUUUUAAUUAAUCACUUAAAAUAAAGAUUAAUCAUUUAAAAUAAAGAUUGAUUUUUGGCUAUAUAAAAAAAUAAAUAAAAGAACAGAAAAAGCAUUCAUGACACACGUGUAUUAAUUAAUACACGUAUAUUAAUUAAUUUAAUUUAUCUUUCAAUUUAUUUGAUAUAACUAUAUAUUUUUUAUACGUAUAUUAUAAAAUUGGUAUUUUGUGAUAAUGCGUAUAGUGUUAUUUGCGGUCAUCAUCGCUAACAUUGUGUGUGGCUUUGAUGCAUUUUUUGACAAUGUAUUAUUUAGCAGCGAGACUAAAAAAAGUAUAUUUAGUAAUCUAUCUACAGCGAUUGUGACAUAUGUAGAAUUAAAGGAUGUAUCUAGCCUAAAAGAACCAUAUAAAUAUGAUUUGCUAAAUGCGGAAAACAUAAUAUUUAGUAAAACGAGUCUACAAAUAAUAUUGCCUUUACUUAUAAACGGCGCUAGAAAAGGAUCGACAAAGAAUGAAUUGAUGUCUUGUUUGCAGAGUAUUAAUAACGAAAUACCUUUAAACAAGAAAUACAAAUCUGAACUUACUUUCUUAAAUAAUUUCAAAAACGUCGAUUUUCAUAUAGAAAAUGCAAUAUAUGUCCACAAGUCAAUUAAUUUAAGAGCACAUUUUUCAUCAAUAUGCAUAAAUAAAUUUCAUUGUUCAAUUUCAAAAGUAGAUUUCAAAAAUCGCAUGGAAGUUGCAGAAACUAUAAAUUCAUGGGUCCAAGAGACAACAAAUAAUGAAAUAUUACACGCAAUUUCUCCAGUUAAUAUCAACGAGGAUGCAAAAAUUAUAUUAGUAAAUACUGUGUAUCUUAAUACUAGAUUGCCAAACUUAAAAGAAAAAGUAAUGCAACGCAAAUUUCAUGUUUCUCCAUCAAAUUGGUAUUAUGUUCCAACAAUUAAAUUUGAAAAAUCGACAUUUUUUUAUGGCGAAAUACUACAUUUGAAUACCAAAUUUAUUGAAAUUCCAUUUUUGAAUAACAAAAUUUCAAUGAUUAUAUUUUUACCAAAUAAAAACAUGGAACCUGGGAAUUUGGAGUACCUGAUAAAAAUAUUUAGCUAUAAAUAUAAAGAAAUUACAAAUACAUACAUACAGAAAUUUGAGCAAAAUAUGGAAUUAUAUCUACCUAAAUUUACGAUACAAUGUACUGAAGAUAUGACGGAUUUAUUACAUUCGACGGACAUAUUUACGAUGUUUGAAGAUAAGGCAGAUUUUACACGUUUUUCAAAAAUUCCUCUAAAAGUGAACAAUAUCGUUCAAAAAGUUUCCAUGAGGAUUAAGGAAGAAGAUUCGACAAUUCCAGAAGUCAAAAGAAGAGAAAAAAAAUCGGUAGAUUCGCCACAGGAAUUGAUUGUAGAUCGUCCUUUUUUUUACAUAAUCGUAAUAAACGGUAAGUGGAGUUUCGUUGGAGCCGUACGAAAGCCAGACUUUAUAUUAACGAGAGAUGAAUUAUAAAUUUUGUUACAUUCUUAUGUUUAUUGAAAGUUUAUAUCACAUCAUAUA